AUGUUGGCUACUUGCGAUGAACCCCUUCUGCUCAACUUCAACAUCUACACCAAGGUCGGGGACCGUGAUGCCCACACGACCAUCCGCGCUUGCACUCUAGGCGACGAUGAGAGCACCGUCAAUUAUCUCGCAGACACUGGUUACGUUUCUCCCGAUGCCAAGGAUGUUGAAGGUCUCGACCGACGUGAUCAAGAUGCCAAGGAAAAUAAUGAUUCCACUUGCGGCACGCGCAGCGUCACCAAGUCAAGCGUUCCCGUCCACAUGAGUCGGUGGGAGACUUCGGGGGAAAUCCUUAGCGGCAACGCAGCGGAAGACCUGAUCAGCGUUGCCGAUGCUCUCAGCAAGAGACUUGCAAAGGAGCGCUCGCUCUGCGACAAGAAGGUCAUGUUCGCAUACUACCACGGCACUCUCAUCGGUCUUUACGCUGGCUCUCAAGUCGAUCUGGUCCAGACCUCCGCCGCCAUGCUUGAACAAGUCAUGGACGCCCUGAAAAAUGACGAAUUUCAAGGUCAGAGAAAAGCACUGGAUAUGUGCGAGGUUUUUUGCACGGCGGCAGACUUGUUCGGCGUCGUUACCGAUGCAAGUGGCGACUUUGCCGCGGUGCAGCAGAUCAUGAGGUCUUGGAACGAGGGUAGGCGUGUCUCCGAGACUACAAGAGCCAAGAGCCUGCCUACCGUCGACUCAUUGAUAUGGGUAGUCACGAGUGGAAACAAUUCUGAGUCCACCACGGUAUCGUCCCGUCACACGGAUACACGACUCGACGUUAGAGCUGAGUGUCGCAGUAUCAAGGUCGAGUAUCUUGAUAUCUGUGACUCACUCGCUGCACGGUGCGGAAUCGGUCUCACUGCUUUCAAGAGCUUCAACAAGGGGUUGUGCGGAACGACGCUUAUGCCGGGACAGCCCGUCUGCUGCUCCUCUGGCACUCUUCUAGAUCUCACGCCCGACCCAAACGCGGAUGGAAGCUGUCACUACCAUGAGGUGAAGUCGGAUGAAGGCUGCGACAUGAUUGCCAGAUCGUACGGUUUGGAACAAGCCGACUUGUUCGAUCUUAACGAGAAAACGUGGGGCUGGGUUGGCUGCGCUCUGCAGAUUGGCUGUGUCAGCGAGGGACGUCCCCCCAUGCCUAAUUCUGUCGAGAAUGCUGACUGCGGACCGACCGAAUUGGCAGAGCUGAAUCCCUGCCCUCUGGAUGUCUGCUGCAACAUCUGGGGCAAGUGCGGCACCACAAAGGACUUUUGCAUCAAGUCCCAGUCCAGUACGGGCAAUCCGGGCCCGUCGAAACCUGGGGAGAACGGCUGCGUUGAUAACUGCGGCAUGGAACUGGUGAACAACGACAAGGGCCCAAGUCAGUACAGGAACAUUGGGUACUUUGAAGGCUGGAACUACAAUCGUCCAUGUCUAAACAUGCACGUCAACGACAUAAAAAAGGGCUAUACCCAUGUUCACUUUGCAUUCGGCGAGUUCUCCCCCGAUCUGGAGGUUGUCAUCAAGGAUGACCACAAAGCGCAGUGGGACGCCUUCUUUCAAGCCAAGACAGACUACAAGAAGAUCCUAUCGUUUGGCGGCUGGGAGUUCUCCAAUGCUCCAGCCACCUCAGGCCUGUUCCGAAAGGCUGUGUCGUCCGCAAACCGGGAAAAGUUUGCGGAUCGGGUUGUCGAGUUUGCCUUGAAACACGAUCUGGACGGACUUGAUUUUGACUGGGAGUAUCCCGGCGCCACAGACAUUGAAGGAUCCGAACCAGGGUCAGAGCAGGACGGUGAAGAUUACCUUGCCUUCCUGAAGCUUGUUCGUCAGAAGCUCCCAAGCGACAAGAGCCUGGCCAUUGCUGCUGCUGCCUCCUUCUGGUACCUUAAAGGUUUUCCUAUUAAGGACAUGGCGCCAGUGCUUGACUACAUCAUCUUCAUGACCUACGAUCUUCAUGGCCAAUGGGACGUUGGACGAGAAUGGUCCAUGGAUGGCUGCGAAGCUGGAAACUGCCUGCGCUCUCACGUCAAUGCAACCCAGACGUUCGACUCGCUUGUCAUGAUGACAAAGGCCGGCGUUCUAUCGCACAAGGUGGUGGUCGGCGUCACAAGCUACGGACGUUCAUUCAAGAUGGCAGAUGCGACAUGCCGGGGAGAAAUGUGCACUUUCUUGGGCGGGAGAAAUGAUUCUCCAGCAAAGAAGGGAAGGUGCACAGAAACGAGCGGCUACAUAUCCAACUUUGAGAUCGAGGAGAUCAUUGACAAGGGAGGCGCCAUCAAGAGCUGGUAUGAUUCGAAGACGGACUCCGACUACCUUGUAUAUAACGCUGUGGAAUGGGUGGCUUACAUGACCGAACUCACCAAGUCUCGGCGGUAUCAAAAGUACAAGGACUGGAACUUUGGAGGAAUCUCGGACUGGGCGAUCGAUCUCCAAGGUGAGGGCGCUAAGGAUGAUUCGGAUUCCGGCUCAGGCGUCGUUUAUAUCGACCCCGGGAUCUGGGACGUUGAUGAUGGCAAGACGGGCACCGUUCAGUGUUACCCGCCUUGCACCUACGUCUUCCCCCCGAUCCUAUUGCAGUUAUCCACUACCAUCUCAUUUCGUAAGUAUACGACAUCACUCGAGGUCGGUUGGUUUACGAGCACCGAGUUUGAGCGGGGCUAUUCGACUAUCACGACGACUGUGUAUAAAAGUAUCACGCACACAACAGUCAUCACCCCGUCGCCUGUCACGCUGACCGAGAUGCCUGUGCGCAACGUUGUCAUCACCGACAAUGUCACCGACACCACGUUCCGCGUCACUCACAGCAUCGUGGUGCCGACUACAGUCAUCACCAACAAGGCCAAGUCAUCGGAUCCGACCAACGUCAGCGUGCCCCCAAACACCCGCACGAUCUAUCCUCCCCCAUGGCCUUGGCCUGAGAAUGAAGAGGACGAGGACGAGGAAGAGGACGACUAUGACAGUGAUGUUAUUGGCCCACCUAUUAUCCACAACACGGGUCCCGAUGGUCCACUCUGUAGGUCGGGCUGCGGUAUGUUGUGCCGGUUCUUGUGUGACAAGCCUUGCCUGUUCAACUGUAACUGGCGUGACGCGCAUCCUCCCGGCUUUCAAGACUCCGUUGAUCCCAGGAGCCCACUGCCGUACCCGACUGCGGGACCCACGGGCCCAAAUGACCCAGAUAACGAUUGCGAGGAGAUCACAUUCGAUUCGUGCCGCGAGAUCUGCAUACAGGCCUCAACCGAAUUCUGCACUGCGAGCUGCAGCGAGGUGACUGAGUGUAUCUCGACGUCGGACAUCCCGGAGACUAUGACAAUGGGGCCCAUCGCAGCGAACACCCGCGCCAGGCCCAACCCACGCGAACCUCCUCUUCCUUUCAGCGAGACGCUCAGCGCCGCCGUGAGCGCCAUCGCCUACCUCAGUGAGCUUGGCGACUGGACAUUUGGUGAAGCCGAAUCCUUAACUUCCAAAACGGAGAGACCGACCUCGACGGUGUCCUACGCCUAUCCCACAAACAAUGACAUCGACGAAGUCAUGCCUGCGUGCUACAAGGAUUACGAUCCACCCGAAAACGCCAAGUUCAGCGUCGAUGGCAGCUACCCGGCCGUUGCAGGAUUUUGUAAUCAAGAUUUUGUGCUUCGACCUAAUGAUGUCGCCAAAAUCUACGAAUACGACGCAGGAGACUACUACGUCUGGGCUAUCAUGGGUUGGGCCCCUAACCAGUCAGGCUGCGGUGACAAGAUACCCCAUUACCCCUCGGGCGAGACAAUAGAGUCCUGGCAGGGCUGUAUUUACGCUUUCGACCUCAUCCUCGCCGAAUGUGAGGGACCAGACUACGACUCAGAUGAGGACGUUUAUCAAGGUGGCGGCUGGGUGACAAACUCAGGGGUCGGGUGCGUGCUCGUACGGAUUUUGGCCACGACGGACAGGUCCGCACCCCUCCGCACCGUCCCCGAGUCACACCAGCAAGAAUUUGAAGACUCGGGUGAUGUGGUGAAAGACAUGUGGGGAUUCGACCUUGACGAGUGGACGGGACAAUGGCCGCUUCUUUAUAAUGUGACGAUACCGGAGAGGUUCCGGGGCUCGCUACGUCGCUAGAUCGCUGAUAAAAACAAUACGAGUCCCGUGACUAUCCUUUCAUAAUGUACGCGUGAGGUCCUCUCCGCCAACAUCGAUCCAUGUGCCGGUUGAUGAAUGGGCAACUGACUGGAUCUAGAAGGCUCAUCUCAUUGACGCAGAAACCAGCCCACGCGACAUGAGAGGUCAUUGCGCGUCACCAUUCGAUACGACAACAGCACCUUUGUUGUUUCCUUGCA